GUCCCCCGGGGCCGACGCGUCCCCCGGCCGGGGCCGGGCCCGGGACCACGCAGCGCGGGUCUGAUCCGCCGCUCUGCCUGCUGACGGGAGAGAGCGCGUCCCAGAGCCGCGGCCCCCGGGGGGAUGGGCCCAGCCAGGCCGGAUGGACGAGAAGACCAAGAAAGCAGAGGAGAUGGCCCUGAGCCUCACCCGGGCAGUGGCGGGCGGGGAUGAGCAGGCGGCUGUGAAGUGUGCCACCUGGCUGGCACAGCAGCGGCUGUCCCUGAGUGUGUGUCUGAAGCCGGAGGUUCCCCUGACACGGGACAUCAGGCUGUGUGUGAGUGUGGAGGAUGCCCACGUGCAGACCGUCACCAUCUGGCUCACGGUGCGCCCUGAUAUGACAGUGGCCUCCCUCAAGGAUAUGGUCUUCCUGGACUAUGGCUUCCCCCCCAGCCUACAGCAGUGGGUGAUAGGGCAGCGGCUGGCCCGAGACCAGGAGACGCUGCACUCCCACGGGGUGCGGCGGAACGGAGACAGCGCCUACCUGUACCUGCUGUCGGCCUGCAACACCUCGCUUAACCCGCGGGAGGUGCAGCGCCAGCGCCAGCUGCGGAUGCUGGAAGAUCUGGGCUUCAAGGAUCUCACGCUACAACCACGAGGCCCCCUGGAGCCGGCCCCUCCCAAGCCCGGGACACCCCAGGAACUUGGAGGAGCAAAGCCCGAUGGAGUGCCUGAGCCCCCACCAGUGGGCUGGCAGUGUCCUGGGUGCACCUUCAUCAACAAGCCCACCCGGCCGGGCUGCGAGAUGUGCUGCUAUUCACGGCCUGAGGCCUACCAGGUGCCUGCCUCAUACCAGCCCGAUGAGGAGGAGCGGGCACGCCUGGCUGGUGAAGAGGAGGCGCUGCGUCAGUACCAGCAGCGGAAGCAGCAGCAGCAGGAGGGGAACUACCUACAGCACGUGCAGCUGGAGCAGAGGAGCCUGGUGCUGAACGCUGAGCCUGCCGAGUGCCCCGUGUGCUACGCAGCGCUGGCGCCCGGCGAGGCAGUGGUGCUGCGGGAGUGUCUGCACACCUUCUGCAGGGAGUGCCUGCAGGGCACCAUCCGCAACAGCCAGGAGGCAGAGGUCUCCUGCCCCUUCAUUGAUGAUACCUACUCAUGCCCGGGCAAGCUGCUGGAGAGGGAGAUCCGGGCGCUCCUGUCCCCCGAGGAUUACCAGCGCUUCUUGGACCUGAGCAUCUCCAUCGCAGAAAACCGCAGUGCUUUCAGCUACCACUGCAAGACCCCAGACUGCAAGGGCUGGUGCUUCUUUGAGGAUGAUGUCAAUGAGUUCACCUGCCCUGUGUGUUUCCGUGUCAACUGCCUGCUCUGCAAGGCCAUCCAUGAGCGCAUGAACUGCAAGGAGUAUCAGGAUGACCUGGCACUGCGGGCUCAGAACGACCUGGCUGCCCGGCAGACCACAGAGAUGCUGCAGGUGAUGCUGCAGCAGGGCGAGGCCAUGCAUUGCCCGCGGUGCCGGAUCGUGGUACAGAAGAAGGACGGCUGUGACUGGAUCCGCUGCACUGUCUGCCACACCGAGAUCUGCUGGGUCACCAAGGGCCCGCGCUGGGGCCCCGGGGGCCCAGGGGACACCAGUGGGGGCUGCCGCUGCCGAGUGAAUGGAAUUCCUUGCCACCCAAGCUGUCAGAACUGCCACUGAGCUGAGGCCUGGGUCCCCACACAGACCCCCAUUCGUCGGCAGGAGUGGGCAGGGCUGGGCCUGGGGCACUGGCUCUGGUUUCUGACUUGUGCAACAUCCCUGUGAUUGGCCAGGCCAAGUUCCCCCGCCCCGUGCGGUGGCUGCCUGUGCCUGCAGCUGUCCUGUCACAUCUGCCUCAUGCCUGUGCUGUCCCUUGGGGCUGCCAACAGACCUUCUCUGAGGCUCUGACCUCUGCCAGACUCCACCCUUAAACAGCCCUGGCCACAGGCCGUGCUGGCCCAAGCCUCUGCCACCACCUGAGCCUCUACACUGCCCCAUGGCCCGUGCCCGCUCUCCCCCAGCACAGCAGCCUCACCACCCCUGCUGGCUUCCAGGUGACCUUGCUGUCUGCACUGUCAGAGGCCUGGCGCCUCUUGCUGCUGCGGACCUGCUCAGAGUGGGGAAGACCAGAUGUGUGAGCGCACAGCCCGCUGUGUGUGCUGCGGCCCAUCUCAUCUGUGUAAGCGCAUUAAAAUGGUUUUCCAGGAA